GCGACAUUUGGAGCUAACAGCAGCUAAUUAACCGCUGAAACGACGAAAAUUAACUUUUAAGUGUAUGAACAAAGUUGUUAACGAAGUGUUAAGACGCUUGAGUUAAGUCAAGAAGGCGGGUAUCGACGAAAAACACCGAAAAACAUGAGUCGUAACUGGACGUACAACCAGCAGCAGAGGCUGAUGACUCGUCGCCACGACCAGGAGCAGCAGCGGCAGCAGGAGGCGCGGCGGCUGGACCGGGAGCGGCAGCAGCAGGCCGGACUGCAGGAGCAGGAGAGCUUCGAGAAGAAGAGAUACCUGCGACAGGUGCAGGAGGAGCUCAGAGAGAGGGAGAUGGAGAGCGCUCUGAUCAGGGCAGAGGAGGAAAGAAUAAACAGAGAAAAACAACUUGAACAAGAGGAGAGAAUGGCCAAAGAGCUGGCACGCAUCAACUACGAGACCCAGAGAGAAGAGAAGAUGAGGCAGCACAUCAAAGAGAACAGCAUGGAGCUCAGAGAGCUGGAGUCCAAACUAAAAGCUGCGUAUCUGAACAAGGAGAUCGCUGCUCAGAUCGCUGAACAUCAAGCUGUCAAGUGUGAGACGAUGCGUGAGGAGCGUGACUUGGCCCGUAAGAUGAAGAGCGAGCAGGAGCGAGCGGCCGCUGAGAAGCAGAAGCAGGAGCAGAAACGCCACCAGGAGAUGGUGGAGUACCAGAGAGAGCUGGAGCAGCAGCUGGUGGAGCGGGAGCGCAGGAGACAGGAGGCGUACGAGGAGUUCCUCAAGGAGAAGCUGCUGGUGGACGAGAUCAUCAGGAAGAUCUACGAGGAGGACCAGAUGGAGAGGCAGCUGAAGCUGGAGAAGGUCCGAGCCACUCAGCAGCACAUUGAAGAGUUCAAGAGGCAGCAGGCGGAGUGGAAACAUCUGGAGCAGCAGAAGAUAGAGGAGGAGAACAGACGCAUCGUGGAGUUAUCCAACCAGAGGGAGCACAUGGAGGAGAGCAGAGCAGCCAAGAUCAGAGAGAGAGAAGAAGCUAAGGAGCACAUCCACAAACUGCUGGCUGAGAAGAUAGAAGGAGAGAGGCAGCAGCGUGAAGAGAUGGAGAGAGUCCGAGAGGAACUUUACUUUGAAGAACAAGAACAGGCCAACAGGCAGAGAGACAUCGAGGAGAUGGAGAAGAAGAUCCGAGCGAGGCUGAUGAUGCAGGAGACGUGCCAGCAGCAGAUGGCCUUCAAAGAGAUGAGGAGGCAGGCGGAGAGAGAGGAAGAGGAGGCCUUCAGGAGGAUCAUGAUGGCUAAGUUUGCCGAAGACGAUCGCUUGGAGCAGAUGAACGCACAGAAACGCCGCAUGAAGCAGCUGGAGCACAAACGUGAGGUGGAGAAACUGAUCGAGGACAGAAGACGGCAGCACGAGGCCGACAAGGAGCUGGAGGCUAAAGAACGAGCGAUGGAGCAGGAGAGGGAGGCGCUGCGGCGACAGAUCAUCGAGGAGGAGAGGCAGCGACUUCUUAAACGCCACGCCACUAAACUCCUCGGAUACCUCCCCAAGGGUUUGCUGCGUGAAGGAGACCUGGAGCACUUUGACGAAGACUUCAAGAAGAAGUUUAAGAGCCGACAGACUGAUCUGUUGUCUGACGACGGCUGGGAGAGCGACGAGUAAACAUCACACUCUGCCACUAGAGGCAGUUUAAGAUUACAGGGAACUACUGUAGAAACUUUUAGUGACAUUCAGGAACAACACAAUGAUUUAAUGACAUUUUUUUAUUCAGACUGCUCUUUAUUAAAAUCACUCCAGGACAGAUCUCAGGUGGUCUGCUGGCUGAAUGUAACUCUCAUUAGAAGUCAGAUGUGUAAAAUGUUUAGGACUUCCCCCAGUCCAGAGCCUUCAUGAACUCUUCUUCUGUGAAUGAAAGCAGCUUAGCAGCUUCAAAAUGCAUCUGAGUAAAAGAAACAGACAGGAAGUCAAUCAAUCAUUCUGAUUAAACUGAGAACAGGGUCAGUAUGAGAAACAUAUAUGGGCUGAAAUAUGUGCACUGA